AUGUCAAGCUUCGUCCCUGGUCAUUUCAUUGAAUACCCUCCACCUUUUGGAGAGGAGCCGAGCCACCAAGAACGCCCCCAGGACCCAGGUCAGACAGACCUUGUGAUCAGUGAAAUGCUACAAGUCACUGUCAAUAUGAUUCUGGCGACACUUUAUUUCAUCAUUACUCAGCUAUUUCGUGUCGCGACAGACUCCGUGCCAGACCCACUCAAUAAUACCCUCCAAACUUUGGGUGAGGAGCCACGCUACCCAGGACACACCCAGGACCCGGAGGAGAUACACAGUGGAGUGCAACAAGUCGUCAUUACUGCUAUUCACGCAACUGGUCUCACUCUUGGUCUCCGACGCAUCCCCACUGGUUUCCAUGUGGUAGUAAAGACAGAUGGUGCUGAAUUCCAGACGAGCAACAAACCAGUACACGUAGAUCAGGCCGUCGUCGAAUGGACUGAGCCCAUACUUCUGUGUGUCGUCUUUAAUCUCAUCUUUCAUGCACGUAUUGAGAAGGACUCUAGGCCGUGCGAGCCAUCCUCUACAGUUUGGGUCAGCAUGUAUGCCUCAUUUGAAUUGGGUCCCAUGCUCUCUCAUGGUGAAGUCCUGCGUACAUUUAAGAUCUCCAUUUGA